CAGUUCUGCCACCGCUUGACGCAAUAUCAUCGUCAUCCAGGACAGCGGAGGCUGAAUAAAUAGCUGGCUGCUCUCAGUGCGCUACUGCGUUACUCUCUGUUGCUGAAGUAGGAGUCUGGCUGACUAGUUGUGUGGCUAGAUGAUGUUCUGGCGGCGCCGCUACGUCGAUGAUGUACGUGUCCCGGCACGGCUGCUGACUAAGGCCGGGCGGCUCGACUUUGACUCACAAGAAAGAGAAAGACCAAACGAGGGUUGUCGAACAAAUGCGCCCUUGCUUGGCUCGGGCCCUUGCAACGAAGCUCGAUCCACUAGCUGCCUGCACGCUUGUCUCUGGCGAGCAAGCAAGAGAGGGCGGCACACAUCGGAACUCCUUUUCUUGCUCUGUCCUCCACUUUGCAGCAACCUCCUUCUCACUUCUUAUCUCAGCCCUCUCGACCGCACUAGUUUCGAGCUGAUCUACAUUUGCCCAGCCGAUCGCUGCGACCUCUUCACUUCCCGAAAUCACGACUUGGCAGAGAGAAAACGACCAACAAUCAUUCGACAGACUACACAUUCGUGUCCACUUUCAUCUGGACCAGAAAGAGCGUCACCACAGAAGGCGAACGUGUAGAGUUCGCAUGCAAGUUCGUGCUUUUCCGUGAUUUAUUGUCGUCGUCGUCGACAACGCUUGGCACCUUUUUGCCAUCCUUUUCCAGUAUGACAGCCUACGAGCCAUGCCGGCACAGUCCGCUCGUCGGCCUUCCCGAGGAGCUGUUGGAUGACACGCACGCUUUCCUUGAAGCUCAGC